GCGCCUUUGUUCUUGCAAGCUCGGUUCCCAGAAUUCUUAUCUGUCGACGAAGGCUACGCCCUUGGCUCAGAGAUGCCUGAACUACCGCAAGAUUUUGACCAACUAGAUGCGGAUGAUAAGGAGAUUGCCGAGUUCAAACUACAGGAAGCAAAGCUUGCUAAAGCGUAUGAAUUAUCCAGCAGGUCCCAGAACAAACAGACAUGUAAGGCUUUUUUCAUGCCGUCCUUCCUGUGGGAUCUGUUUGUUCGAUGUGGAGAGGCUUCAGAAGAGGGUAUAAUACCGCUUCGCGCCUGUCUUAUUCAGCUUUCUAAGUCGUGGCAAGAUCUAGGGUUCGCUGGUGAUUGCCCGUUCAGCUUCAGUGAAGAUGACAUACAAAAGCACAACCAAGAGUUUGAGGAAUUUCGCGAUUUUCACAGAAUUCAGGAAAUCGCUAGAAAGCACCUGGUUACAGACUCUGAGGGUUGGGUUGCCCCUCAGCUUGAUUUUACGAUCAAACAACAACAGAACGAGAAAUUGCUCCAACUAGUCAUGCGCAGAAGCAAUGAGUACAACAAGUCACCAGAAGAGAUUCAGAAUCUGGCCGUUUUUAGAGUGUUCAUAGACUCGUAUCUACGCAAUGUCUCUUAG